GGGAGGAGGAAGUUGAUUGACCACGGUCACUGAGGCGACCAGGAAGAGUCUGCUGAAGGUGAGGGUCAUGGACUUUAUCACCUCUACGGCCAUCCUGCCCCUGCUCUUUGGCUGUGUGGGAAUCUUCAGCCUCUUGAAGCUGCUGCAGCGGGUGCGAAUGAAGGCCUACCUCCGCAACGCCGUGGUGGUCAUUACAGGCGCUACCUCAGGCCUGGGGCGAGAAUGUGCCAGAGUCUUCUACACUGCAGGCGCCAGGCUGGUGCUCUGCGGCCGGAACCGGGAGGCCCUGGAAGAGCUCACCAAAGAACUUGCUGCUUCUCUGACCACCAAGGUGCAGACACACAAGCCUUACGCGGUGGCCUUUGACCUCGCAGACCCUGGGGCCAUAGUUGCAGCAACAGCAGAGAUCCUGCAGUGCUUCGGCUCGGUGGAUGUGCUAAUCAACAAUGCUGGCAUCAGCUACCGAGGCACCAUCGUGGACACUACCAUGGACGUGGAUAAGAAAGUCAUGGAGACAAACUACUUUGGCCCAGUUGCUCUAACAAAAGCACUCCUGCCCUCCAUGAUCAAAAGGCGACAAGGCCACAUUGUUGCGAUCAGCAGCGUCCAGGGCAAAAUCAGCAUUCCUUUCCGAUCGGCAUAUGCGGCCUCGAAACAUGCAACCCAGGCAUUCUUUGACUGUCUUCGUGCUGAGAUGGAACAGUAUGAGAUUGAGGUGACUGUCAUCAGCCCCGGCUACAUCCACACCAACCUCUCUGUAAAUGCCGUCACUGCUGAUGGGUCCAAAUAUGGAGUUAUGGACAAGACCACGGCCCAAGGCCGAAACCCUGUGGAGGUGGCCCGAGAUGUCCUGGACGCGGUGGGGAAGAAAAAGAAAGAUGUGAUCCUGGCCGAGCUGUUGCCUUCCUUGGCCAUUUAUCUGCGAACUCUGGCUCCUGGGCUCUUCUUCAGCCUCAUGGCCUCCAGGGCCAGAAAGCAGCGGAAAUCCAAGAACUCCUAGUUGUGCGUGCGAGCUGGGAUAGGGAAGCAGCGCCUCCUGGGUGCAGCUGCUCCAUGGGGGCCAGCUGUGUGUGUUGAGACUUUACUGGAUGUUUGUCUCAUGGGUGGGGAAGAUGGAACAGAUGCUUGUCCUGAGGAUCCCUGGCUAGGCCUCUGCUAACCUUCUUCCCGGGGUGAGGGGUGAACCUUACGGAACAAAUGGGGAGCGGAGUUUAAACUAAGAAUCUGAAAUAAAUGAAUGAGCAGUAAGAUCUGUAGUCCUCAAGGGCUGGAAGCGUCAUGCCUCCUUUGAGUUCCAGCCUCCGCCAGCUCCUAGACAGUGUGUCUGUCUUGAAGACCGAAGACAUCCUGACAUCACCUGACCCAGUUCUCAGGUUUGACGUAUCUGUACCACGUACCUAACUGUUUUGGCAGAGUCACUUGUGGCAGGCUGUCAUAAGAGGCCAUCAUCCACAUCCAUUUUCAGGGCCCUACAGUCCGUCGUCCAACAUGACCAGUGCACUAAUACAUCUUCCGUCUUUCAGCAUAACCCAAGUGAUGCUGGCUUUGGUACCUGAAAGGAAUUUUCUGGUUUCCCCGUGACUCUCACCUGAUGCCCUGUAGGCCAGGCCCCACUCCAAGCACAAGACGAAUCUGUUAAGGAAACAACAGGCAAAAGGGAGAGGAAAGCCCUGCAUGGUCCCGUGUACUCUCUAGGAAAGAGGUCAGAAGCCUGGUCAGGUGGGGAGGAAUUCUAAAGCGGCACCUGGUCCCUGGAGAGAGCAGUCAUUUGCUAGCUGUGCCUUUUGGAUGCCUGCUUCCACCUUGCUGGUUUCUUAAAAAUACAUGGUUGAGGCUCAGUGAGUGAGUCCACUUCAUAUCUAAAGUUAAGGAUGAAACUUUUCUUGUUACUGAGGCUGAAAGUGGAAAUUUUGGGUGCACUGUAUGGCUUUCCCAACUUGGAAUAAAUAUCUUGCACGUCAUACAGGCAUCUUGCAUUGUAUCCCAACUCUGGUCCUAUGGAGCCUGUAUUUUAAAAGCUAUCCCUGAAGUAAAAACGGCCGAAGCCACA